AUGGAUUCUCUUUCCUCCCCUUUCCUUUCCAAGCUAUCAAACACGCACCCACUCACCCACCCUCCCAUUUCCCCUCUCCUUCAUAUCACCGCACUCCAAACAGAGUACAGACCGCCGAAAACCACCACACCCAGAAAACCACCACCUCCCCCACUCAAAAACACUUCCCCGCCCCCACCACGGUCUGUCCCCGCGGCCCUUCUCAACGCGCUCGACAACCUCAUCAACACGUUCGUCGACCCUCCUCGGAGGCCCUCCGUCGAUCCCCGCCACGUCCUCUCCGGCAACUUCGCCCCCGUUGGGGAGCUCCCGCCGACCCCGUGCCGGGUGGUGGAGGGCUCCCUGCCCCCCUCCCUCGACGGCGCCUACGUCCGCAAUGGCCCCAACCCGCAGUUCCUCCCCCGCGGGCCCUACCACCUCUUCGACGGCGACGGCAUGCUCCACGCCAUCCGCAUCUCCCAGGGCCGGGCCACCCUCUGCAGCCGCUACGUCAAGACGUACAAGUACCGGGUCGAGCGCGAGGUCGGCUGCCCCGUCGUCCCCAAUGUCUUCUCCGGCUUCAGCGGCCUCUCUGCCUCCGCCGCCCGCGGAACCUUGGCCGCCGCCCGGUUCCUCGCUGGCCACUUCAACCCGGCCAAUGGCAUCGGCCUGGCGAACACCAGCCUUGCUAUGAUCGGAGGGCGCCUCUAUGCCCUUGGAGAGUCGGACCUUCCGUACGCCGUCCGAAUCGACCCAGUCACCGGCGACAUCCACACCAUCGGCCGCCACGAUUUCGGCGGGAAGCUCGCGAUGAGCAUGACCGCCCACCCCAAGAUGGAUCCGGAGACGGGCGAAACCUUUGCCUUCCGUUACGGCCCAAUCCCGCCGUUCCUGACGUACUUCGCAGUGGGCGCCGACGGCGAGAAGCGGGCGGACGUCCCCAUCUUCUCGAUGACGAGCCCGAGCUUCCUUCACGACUUUGCAGUGACCAAGACGCACGCGAUCUUCAACGAGAUGCAGAUCGGGAUGGACCCGCUGGGGAUGGUGGGCGGGGGAUCGCCGGUGGCCGCGGACGCCGGGAAGGUGCCGAGGAUAGGGGUGCUGCGGAGGGACGCGGUAGGGGAGUCGGGGAUGCGGUGGUUCGAGGUGCCGGGGUUCAACAUGGUGCACGCGAUCAGCGCGUGGGACGAGGAUGGCGGGGACACGGUGGUGAUGGUGGCGCCAAACAUACUGUCGGUGGAGCACACGCUGGAGCGGUUGGAUCUGAUACACGCGUCCAUUGAGAAGGUGAGGAUUGAUAUGAAGACGGGUACGGUGUCACGCCACCCCGUCUCAACCAGAAACCUCGAUUUCGGAGUCAUUAAUCCUGCCUUCCUUGGGAAAAAGCACAAAUACGUAUAUGCUGCCGUUGGGGACCCGAUGCCAAAAGUAUCCGGAGUCGUGAAGUUAGACCUCUCAAUCUCAGAAGACGACCGCCGUGACUGCAUAGUGGCGAGCCGGCUUUUCGGGCCGGGCUGCUUUGGUGGCGAGCCAUUCUUUGUGGCCUGGGAGCCCGACAACCUGAAUGCUGACGAGGAUGAUGGGUACGUCGUGACCUACGUGCAUAAUGAGAAAACGGGGGAAUCAAGAUUCCUAGUCAUGGAUGCUAAGUCUCCUAAUCUUGAUACGGUAGCUGCCGUCCAGCUUCCCCGCCGGGUGCCCUACGGCUUUCAUGGACUUUUCAUUAAGGAAACUGACCUCCAAAAGCUUUAA